AUGAGGUUACCGAGUAAGAGACGAUGUGCGAUAGAAGAAGAUGGAAAGAAGAUGGACCAAGCUCCUCCGUUCAGAAACCCUUUUGUGCACGUCUUGAAAUUCUCCCCUCUGGAAAAGGCAAAGAUUGCAUUAAUGACAGUCACACUGUUCCCCAUCCGUCUACUCAUAGCUGCAUUCAUGAUGCUGCUGGCUUGGCCUUUUGCCUUCCUGGCCUCAUUAGGGCGCUCGGAGACCACCGUCGAACCCCAGUGCCUCUGGAGGAGAGUGGUGGACAUAAUUCUGAAGAUCAUCAUGCGGGUCAUGUGGUUUGUGGGGGGGUUCCAUUGGAUGACGGUGAAAGGGCGAAGGGCGUUGCCUGCAGAAGCACCCAUCCUCACCCUGGCCCCCCACUCGUCCUACUUUGAUGCCAUCCCAGUCACCAUGACAAUGGCCUCCAUCGUCAUGAAGGCUGAGAGCAAGGACAUACCUCUCUGGGGCACUCUGAUUAAGUUCAUCAGACCGGUGUUUGUCUCACGGUCGGACCAGGACUCCAGAAAGAAGACUGUGGAGGAGAUCAAACGCAGAGCCCACUCAGGGGGGGAAUGGCCUCAGAUAAUGAUAUUUCCAGAGGGAACAUGCACAAAUAGAUCCUGCCUAAUCACCUUCAAGCCAGGGGCCUUCAUCCCAGCUGUACCCGUGCAGCCUGUAGUGAUUCGUUACCCCAAUAAACUGGACUCGAUCACAUGGACGUGGCAAGGGCCUGGAGCGUUUGAAAUCUUGUGGCUGACACUCUGCCAGUUGCACAACAGGUUUGUGGUCGAGUUCCUUCCCAUUUACACACCGUCAGAGGAGGAGAAAAAGAACCCUGCUCUCUAUGCUAUCAACGUGAGACGUGUCUUGGCAAAAGCCCUGGGGGUUCCCAUCACAGACUACUCAUUUGAAGACUGCCAGCUGGCCAUGGCAGAAGGCCAGCUGAGACUGCCAGUGGACACCUGUCUGCUGGAGUUUUCCAAGCUUGCCAGGAGACUGGGGCUAAAACCCCGGAACACUGAGAAGGUUCUGCAGGAUUAUGUGAACAGAGCCAGGAAGCUGGAAGGUCAGAAGCUGGACUUGGACGACUUUGCUCAGUUCCUCGACGUGCCAGUUUCAGAGAUGCUCCGAGACAUGUUCUCUCUUUUUGACGAGCAUGAAGAUAACUGCAUGGAUAUCAGAGAAUAUGUGAUAGCCUUAUCUGUCAUAUGCAGACCUGCCAAAACUCUGGAAACGAUGAAAUUGGCCUUCAAGAUGUUUGAGGCAGAGGAGGACGGUGCCAUCACAGAGAUGGAGCUGGCAGUUAUCCUGAAAACGGCUUUAGGAGUGACGCACCUCAGCGUGUCGCGUCUCUUCACUGCCAUCGAUCCCGAAGACACAGGGAAGAUCACAUUUGAUAAGUUCAGAUGCUUUGUGGAGCAGCACCCAGACAUUUCAGAGGAGUACCUGUACGCAGAGAACGCAGGCCUCAGCAGCGGCUCCUGCCACGUUCACCACACAGAGUCCAGCCUGUCUUCCCGGAAGCUGCGAGGCACUGCCAACAAAAAAACAGCUAACGGUAUCUGCCCUGACUUCAGCCCCAAAGACCAUGACGGCACAAUAGAUGGACUUUUCAAGAAACACAACUAAAAGGGUUUAAAAAGUGGGAGAAAAACAAACACCUCUCCUGGUGAGAGGGUGUUGUGUAGUGGGGGAGCAGAGGGUAGCUAUGUACUUGUUGGUUAUUAAAAUGUUUGACAAGUAUCAAAUCAUUUUAGUAACCACAACUACAAAAAUGAAGAAGUUUACCUUACCCUUUUGUAUUAGUAUUGUGUCCAUGAUUUUGGUUAUCUUCAUUCUGGUAACCAGUUUAUUUUGUUAUAAAUUCCUUUUUUUUUUCAUAGAAAGGAUCGUCAAAAUGCCAAACAAUGGCUGUCAGAGGCUUGAAUACUUGUAGGGCAAGCACUUAUAAAAAAAUCCUGGGGCCAAUGUUUUUUCCUUCAACAUAGUGCUAUCUGUGCAUGUGUUCAACAUGAUGGAAGCGAGAAAAAACACAAGCCCCGGGCAGGGAAGUUAACAAAUAUUUAGUAAAAAUCAGUGUUGGAUUAUUUGACCUGUAACUUGUAUCGGUUCCCUCUCUUUAAUGGUAGCUGCCUUUUGAACUGAAGUGCAGAGUGCAUGGGCUCAUGUUAUUUGAGCAGUAUUGAGGAUUAUUCAUCUGAAGAAGGGAGUCCUAAGGGUACUGGUGACAAUUGUAGCUACAGUAGCCACAUUUGAGGUUAACCCGGGUCUCUGUGAGUGGAUGGUCAUAAUUGCUAUGAGCCUCUUACAUAUACAGUGAUACAUUUGAUUUAGCUCAGGGUUCAGUGACAAAAAUGUAACUUGUAUGAUGUCAUCAUUUUUGACGCUCACUGGGUGAAGUGCAUGUCUUUAUUUUCAGUACUCAUCUGUUACUCCUCAGUCACAUUAUCUUCACACAUUUCUUUCAGGUUGGCGAAUUGAAGUGUCUUUUUUUUUUUGAUUGUUGAAAUCACACAACGUGGACCAAAAAUGCAUUGGGUGAUUUAAUGUCACCCGUCAUGUCUGUACGGUCCUUUUCUGUCAGUGGUGUAAUGGCUGCAAGGAGGGGAGGGGGCUCACAAUGUGUGGCCAUUGAAAGCACAGUUAGUUAGGUGGCUUUGUUGGGUAUUCUAAAGGCAAGGUCAUAGUACUUCCCUUUCUGUCUUACACUGCUAUAUUUGUAGUCAUUCCUACCAUUUUCACAGCAUAUCCUCAGUAUCUCUGAAACGUCUACUUCUCAUGUGUUCAUGGAAUAUUCAAACAAUGGGCCUUAAGUUGCUUGUUUUUCAAAAGAUACCCAAGCACCUUUGCAUCUAGCCACAUUCAAGGGACCAGUUGAGAAUUGGAAAAUAUCCACCUAUGGUAAUAUGUUGGCCUGGUUUUUUGUGUUUUUGUUAUCAUGAUCUAAUUGGCACACAAUGUGAUAUUACCUCUUAGUGCACUAACAUGCAGCCUGCAGCGUUAAUAAUCAAAGGCUGGGUUGGCCUAUGUUUUAUUAUGACUAUAUAGGAUUACAAAUGUAAUCUCAAAUCACUCUUCUUUAGUCAUUAGUGUUCUUUAACAUAUUUUAGCACACAGUUUCACUUCAGUGCGAAGUAUUUUAUUCUGGCGUUUUGCAAUGUGUCCAGAAUUUACCAUAAAGUAUCUUUGUUUGAUUUUGAAAUCAAGAAUCUAAAAUUACAAUCAAUUUUUGGAUUUAUUGGCCAGAAAGCCACACAUAAUGAUGCUCAUUUCAAUCACCUUAUUUAUGUCUCGUAUUUCUGCAAACGUGAAACGAUAUUAUACUACAACGCCUUUCAAAAUGUACAGUGCUAUACAUCAUGUUAUUUUAUAGCACGACUAAAUGUUAAAGGGAAUACCUCUCCUGAGCAGAUGAAUGAAACACAAGAGACUCUGUUUGUAGCCGGUUAUACUUUGGAUCUGUGCAUUCAUGGUUUCAGUCCAUUGAGUUUGUAUUUAUUGAUAUCACUUCAGAAUGAACAACUUUGAAUUGUAUACGUUUGUGUGGGUGAGCUUCACGUUCCCAUCCCAUUCAUGACCAUGCAUACUGUACAUGUACUCUCAUUAUGGCUUUCGGUGAAGCAAUAGUUCACAUCUCUUAAAUCUUCUCAAAAGAUAUGCUUCUAAAGAGUUCUGAUAUGCAUUUAGAAUAUUCCAAAUGCAGGACAUUUUGUGAAUUUUUGAAAUACGUAUAUGAAUGAUUUUUAUUUCCACUGCCAUGACAAAGAUCUGUGAUCUUCUCUCUUUUGCAGAUGACAAAUGAGCUACAUUAUCAUUUUCCUUUGUAUAAUACUGCAAAUGUUUUGUGUCGUACACCUCCUACACAGUGUAAAGGUUUAUUGUUGUUAUAUUAUUACUGCUGAUUAUCGCUAAGUUGACUGCUUAGAAACAACAAUGCAGAUUUCUUAAUGAAACCGAUAGCCUUGAAUCUAUAGAGUUUUUAUGCUAAAAAAGAGAAUGUAUAGACAAUCUUGUCACAAUCAGAAGCUAUCCAAAGCGCUGAUCUCCAGUGGACAUAUUCCCAAAAAGUCAUGGUUUUCAAAUUUAAACUUUUUAUCCAGUUUGAACCUUCUUUCACCAUUGACUUUUUUUUUAUGUUUAAGGCAUGCAGGUUGAAAAGGGCAUUGUUUAAGUGUGUCGGGCCUCGAGGUGAUGUCUGCCACCACAUGACGGGCCGCAUCGCACAAACACACAGACUGUACGCAUAUAUAUAUAUAUGUUAAACAACAAUCUUUUACUUCUAUCACCUUUUUAAACUUGUACGUAUUUGUGCUUGCACUUUAGAUUAUUUUCUUACUUUUUUUUGGUAAAGCAUGUUAAGUUUGUAAGUUACAGUAUUGUAGCUCUAUUUUGUUAAUAUAAAAACGUUUUUGCAUUCAAAUAUCUGCUGCGAUAAUGAAAGCGCAGAAGAAAUUAGAGAUCACACAUUACAGAAAGCUGUCCUACGUUACUCUAUGUGAGAGCUUGGUUUGUGUAAACAUCUUAACAUGUUUGAAUUUUGGAAUUUGUAUAAGCUUGAAACAAUUUUGUAAACGCGUAGGACUUGGAAACGAUUGGAAUGACUAAAAACUGCACCGUGGAAUGAUUAAAUAUUAAAUGUACUCCCAAGUGAUGUGAUUUUACAGCAGGUGGUUAAUUAUACAAUUCACUAUGUAUGUAUAAUGGAACCCAUACUGUUUGUUUACAUAGGUGGAGAACAAAGCAUUGACCCAGAAUGAAAUGUACUGAGCCACUGUAACCCAGUUAUGUUCGUUAGUUUUUUGUAACACAAUGUCAAUGUGAAGUUCUAAAGAAUCAUAUAUUUUACAAGUCAAAUAUGUGCAUUUAUAUAUAUUCAAUACUUCAGUACAAUUUGGCAUCGGGGCUGUAAGAAUAUAGCGGGUCCAUUUGUUUUUCACACUUUCCCUUUAUGUCAAAUAACUCUGUAGAGGUGAGUCUAAUUUUUGUACUUGCUAUCAAUCUGAUCAAAUGUAAACCUGCGAGAGAUAAACUUGUAUUUAUGCUACUGCUGCCUGCUUCCCACAGUUUGUCCAGCAGAGAGCCUAAGACGAAAGACUUGUGUACUCUUGACAGAGCGAUAGUGUUUUUAUGAUGGCUUAUGUCCGUGGACCAAGAAACUGAACUCUCUGUUUUCUCUGUAGCUUUACUUCCUGUCUUUUUUCUAUACUCAACAGGUUUUAUUUUAUUAAUGCAUUUUGAUGAUGAAGAGUCAUUACUGCAAGCUACUUUGAAUUUGUCUGUUCAGGACUGCUAUGAUAUAACUUGUUAAUGUGACUCUUGGAUUGAAUAAACAAAUGAAAUGUUAA